CACACACACACAGAGACACAGAGAGAGAGACACACACACACAGAGAGAGAGAGAGAGAGAGAGAGAGAGAUCUGCAGCAGCAUGCUUCAACAGAGUGCCCAACUCCUGCGCGAGGACUAGACCGACUGCUGACCUGUGCUUUAAGUUCAAGGCUGAUUCUCUAAACUUUUUGAAGCACCCUUUUCAACAAAUUUGACUGUACAGACAACGACUCAUCUUCCGUGUCACUUUCCAGCCGUGGAUGAGUGCAGGAAGCGUGGAUGGUUAUGUUUGAAAAGGAGUCAGUACAGCCUCUGGACCAGUCGACUGUGACAACGAUGCCUUCAAACAAAUACUCUGCUGCUAUCAUGGAGGAGAGCAACAAGAUGACGGCCACAGCAGCGGUAAACGGAGACACGGCUCCAGCUGAGGGCCUAUCAGAGAAUGACAGUGGCGUGGAGCUGAUCAAUGAGAACAGCCCUCUGACCGCGGCUGAACCGCCCUCCCCCUUCAGCCCCAAGCAGAACGGAGAUGCCGCCUCACCUCAAGAUGGUAACCAGUGUUCAGGGGGGAGCAGGAAGAGGAGCAGGAAGAGGUCAGAGGAGGAGGAAGCUACCUGGGACUCCUACAGCGAGGACAAGACUUCAGGAGCGUCUCAGUUGAGUUUGAGACAGACGCCUCGACCCAGAACCAUCUUCCAGGCCGGUCUGACGCCACACACACACAACAAACCUCGCAGACAGAGCCGCAAACAGGAGCACAGCAUGUUACUGUGUGGUGGUGGUGGUGCUCCUCGGGUGGCUGUGGCUGUGGCUGUGGCCUUGUCCGGCGGGGUCCCCGAGGCCCCCCGUCUGGAGCUGAUGGAACAAGACUCCAAGGACUCGGCCCAGAGCAUCAGCACCUCCUCUAGCUCCGAGAUCCAGCCGGAGUACAAUGACAACAAGGGUUUUGGCAUCGGCGAGCUGGUGUGGGGGAAAAUCAAGGGCUUCUCCUGGUGGCCCGGCAUCGUGGUGACAUGGCGCGCCACCGGCAAACGACAGGCCAGCCACGGCAUGAGGUGGCUGCAGUGGUUCGGAGACGGCAAGUUCUCUGAGGUUUCUGCAGACAAACUGGACUCCAUCACCGCCUUCCCCAAGUUCUUCAGCCAGGCUUCGUACACCAAGCUGGCGUCGUACCGCAGGGCCAUCUUCCAAGCACUGGAGAUGGCCAGCAUCCGGGCAGAGAAGAAGUUUCCUCCCUGUGAGUCCGACAAUCUAGACGACCAGGUCAAGCCCAUGCUGGACUGGGCCAAUGGCGGCUUCCUGCCCAAAGGAGAGGAGGGACUCAAACCUACGCACACUGCCGACAGUAACCCUCUGGACCACCAGGUCCUCGAUGUGUCCCUGCCAGAGUAUUUCCCCAGCGCCAAACGGCCCAAAGUCAGCCUCUGCAAGAGCAAGGCCGCCCCCGAGGAGUCCUACAGCAGAGAACAAAUGGUGAAUGAAGUUCUGAAGAAUAAAAGAAGUAUAGAAGAGUUCUGUCUCUCUUGUGGAAAGAUGAGAGCAGCAACCUUCCACCCGCUGUUUGAAGGAGGCCUGUGCCAAACAUGCAAGGACGUUUACCUGGAGAUGUCCUACAUGUACGACGAUGACGGUUACCAGUCCUACUGCACCGUCUGCUGCGGAGGUCGCGAGGUUCUGCUCUGCGGCAACGCCAACUGCUGCAGGUGUUUCUGCGUGGACUGUCUGGACAUCCUGGUCGAUCCCGGGGCGUCUAACAACGCUCGCCAUCUGGACCCGUGGCGAUGCUACAUGUGCCAGCCGCUGCUGCAGUACGGCGUCCUGAAGCAACGGCAUGACUGGAGCCUCAAGCUGCAGGAGUUUUUUGCCAACGACAACGGACAGGAGUUUGAGAAACCAAAGAUUUACCCAGCAGUCCCUGCAGAGCAGAGACGACCAAUCAGAGUCCUCUCCCUGUUUGACGGCAUUGCUACUGGCUACCUGGUUCUGAGGGACCUGGGUUUUAAGGUGGACCAGUACGUGGCGUCAGAGGUGUGUGAGGACUCCAUCUCAGUGGGGGUUGUCAGACAUGAAGGAAAGAUCCAGUAUGUCCAUGAUGUCAGGAACAUUACUAAGAAAAACCUUCUGGAUUGGGGUCCAUUUGACCUGGUGAUAGGAGGAAGUCCCUGCAAUGACCUGUCAAUCGUCAAUCCUGCCAGAAAAGGGCUCUAUGAAGGCACAGGGAGGCUGUUCUUUGAGUUUUACCGUCUGCUGAGUGAGGCCAAGCCCAAAGAAGGAGAGGACCGGCCGUUUUUCUGGAUGUUCGAGAAUGUGGUCGCCAUGGGCGUCAAUGACAAGAGGGACAUCUCACGAUUCCUGGAGUGUAACCCUGUGAUGAUCGAUGCUAUCGAGGUCUCUGCUGCUCACCGAGCCCGAUACUUCUGGGGAAAUCUACCUGGCAUGAACAGGCCUCUGUGUGCCUCUGGGAUGGACAAGCUGGAGCUGCAGGACUGUCUGGAUCACGGCAGAGUUGCAAAGUUCGGGAAGGUGCGCACCAUCACCACUCGCUCCAACUCCAUCAAACAAGGAAAGGAUCAACACUUCCCCGUCCUGAUGAAUGGAAAGGAGGACAUACUGUGGUGCACUGAGCUAGAGAGGAUCUUUGGCUUCCCUGUUCACUACACAGACGUGUCCAACAUGGGUCGUGGUGCCAGACAGAAGCUCCUGGGCCGGUCCUGGAGUGUCCCCGUCAUCAGGCAUCUGUUCGCACCAUUGAAAGACUACUUUGCCUGUGAAUAGAUGCCAACCGCCACCAGCAAACAGACGCCACUUAUGAUUACACACCAGCUUUCCUAUCGUGAUAUUGGCUCCAAAGUACAUCAUCUGCCAGCCAAAUCAUUUCGCAAAGAGCUGGGAGUUUUCUCCACUCAGGCAGGCAAAGAACCAGUUCACUACGGUGUAGCUGGAAAAUAGUGUAUGUAGCUGUUAGUUUAGUCCAGCUCUUUCUGGAUCCUGGUGAUAACACACUUAAACACAUGUAAUACACACUAACACAGAGACAGAAAUACAGCAUAGGCUAUGUUUUAUCACUAACACAGGGAGGGUCAAAGGUCAGUGUCCCUGAGGCCAGUAGAGUGAUGGGUCCCGUCUGGAUGUUUAGCAGCUCUUCUACUUUGUUCAUUAACAGCAGACCUGUACAGUGAUUUUAACAGGAUUUUCCUUUUGUUUUAAAAUGCCCUUGGAAGGCAUGGUUUGUAAGUUGACAACACUUAGUAAUAGUAGAAAGAUAGAGAACAUGGCACAGACGCUACAGCUGUUAAGUGGCUCCGUUUCAUUUUUUAUUUAAUUAAAUUUUUGUAGGAAGAGUAAAACAUUUCACAGGAUGCUCAUUUAGCUGAUGAUUAAAAUGUGUGACAACAGGCUGCUGAUACAGGCUGUUCAUCCAAACACUUGAACCAAAGUCAUUAGAUGGACAGUUUUUGGGCUACAGCUGUUCCACUCUCCUCAGGCCACAAUGUAUUUUCUGUCGAGAAAAGCCAAAACAUGACAUUGGGGGUUUCUGUCCAGUUUCAAAGGUAAUAAAAAUAAACAACUGCACUGGAUAAUAAAAGAUUAACCAGGAAAAAUCAAUGAUUAUUUUGUCAGAAAUGAACAACAACAUAUACCAUGAGUCUAAGCCAAACAGGUGCUGGAAAGCCUUGUGCGAGCUAACAAAAAUAUUCUUUAAUCUUUGUUAUAAUGACAAGUUGCUUAAAGAGAUAUUUUGCUGAUUUAAAUGCAGCUCUGUCAUGGCGGUGUCGGCAGUGUGUUUGGAUGAAGUGUGUCUUCCCUCCGUGGCGCCGGUGCAUGGUCGGAGCUCCCUGCGGAGGCACGUGGCGUCAUCCGGCCGAUCUUGGCAGACCUCCACUGCUCAAAGCUCCGUGCAAACGCCCUUCAUCUAAACACACUGCCCACACAAAGAUGACACAGAGCUGGACUAAAAUCGGCAAAGUAGAAAACCAUACUAUCAUGUUUGAGUUUUUCAACAGACCAAUGAAAGACGUGCUCUGUAGGAAAAUACAUUCAGCGGUGGGAGCGAGUGCAACCCAAGCUAGCCUGGAGGUGAAGCAGGAUUUUGUCUUUAUAUUGAGACGAGAUCAUAUUCAUAGAUUUUUGUUUGUUAUAAAAAACACUCAUUUUUACUUUUUGUCUUUUGCUUUGACAUUAGCUAAUUUGAGCAAAAUAGCUUCCUUAAAAAAGAAAAAAUAACUUCUAUUAAAGAUUAUAUACAAGUGUUUUUGUAUAGAUAGUGUGAAACCUUUGAGUUAUAAUGUCACUGUGACAUCUCCCUGAUAGCUACAUACAAGUACUUGAAACAAGCCAAUGCAAAAACAGAGAUAUAGAGAAAGUUUUUGUCUUUUGCAAACCGUUCCAGACAGCUAAGAAUUAAAGACUGAGGGCAUUUAGCCUACUGUAGAAGUUUAGAUUUGAUCUUUAAAAUGACAUUGUUUAAGUUCAUUGAACUGGCUGGAUGUGUGGGUAAUCCUGGUCAGAAAAGUUCAUUUGAAUCCAGGAAAGAGUGAGUGUCACUGUUCCUAAAAAUGGUGGGAAACACUGGUGAACACGCAAUAUUUGUUGUAAACUACCACUGACUACUUUUGGUUUAAAGGGGGUUUUGAAAACAUUUGACAAGAGGACAUCCAUCCAAAAUGUUCUCUAUAAUGCUGGUUGACACUGCGCUUUGCCACACAGUAUGCAUAAAUAAUUACAAGUAAUUAUGAGAAAAUAAUACUGAAUGUGUAGUAUGUUGCGCACGUUUGUUGCGAGAAGAAGUGUUUCUCUGUGAGACUUCAAACACAACACAGUUAUUGCAAUCAUGUAGAUUAAUAAAACUCCUCAAUAAUGAUAAAUGUUGUAUUUCCAUGUCAUACUGUAUGCUUAAGAUUUAGCUCAACAGACGGGUGGACACUUUAUUUUGGUACAAAUUCUGCUGAUGUGUCCAUACUCACAAAACUUGCCGUAUUACUUUGAAAUACAUUUUUGUUUGUUUGUUUGUUUGUUUUUUUAUAACUGGAAGAUGCUGUUGGCUGUCACCACAUCAUACUAAGUGGGCAUUACCUCAGACAAAGAGGCAACUGUACAUCACUCCUCCAUUAGGAUCUUUGUUGUGUGAAUAUAUACUGUAUAUUGUAGCUUUAUGCUCCCAUAGCUUGUAUUUUAUCACUGGAACUUUUUUUUCUUUUUACACGUUUUGCGUAAUGUAUCGAUAUAAAGGUUUACAAGGGUUUUAACUCUCUUGUUUGAAAAUAACUACAUGUUUUAUUGUAACACAAAAUGCACAAGCCUUCAUGUUGAAAUCAUUCCUUCAUGGUGCUCCUUCAAAAGGCCUCUUAAAGUGCCACCUUUUGGUUUUCUAUUCUAUCCUUUAAAAAACAACAAAAACUGAUUGUUUACAUGCUAUAUUAAUACUGCUGAGCUUGUUGAAUGUUUUGCUUGAAAACUGUACACAAAACCAAUUCUCCGUUCUGCUCUUUUAAGACUUUUUAUAUUUACAGUAUGCAGUGUUCUUACUUUAAAUGUAUAAUGUUAUAGGACGAUCUAGAACAAAUUAAUCGAUAGCUUUUUGAUAUCUUGUGUUUCAAUGUAAACCAUUGAGUGUAUUUGUAGGCUUGAGUGUGAAUGACAUCUGAAAACACUUUUUGUUCUAACCUUUUAGUGCUCUAUCUUUUAUAAGAAUCCCAUUUGAGGAUUUUUUUGUCUUUACCUUUUUAUGAAUCUAGAGCAGAAGCAUUUCAAAUUAACAGAUUCUCUGCUAUUUUUUUUUACUUCAUUUGAAUAGUGGAAAAGCGCUGAUGUAUUUUUUUAUGUUUGUUUACUUCCUAUAGCAACCUAUAUAAAAGUUUUACUCAAUAAAAUGCAGCUUGGCUGCUAAAAACCUC